GAUGUGCGUAUUUCAGGCAACGCUGCCAGCGUGACGUAUAAUCUAAUGGACGGUUCUUCAGAAACAGCUCGUCAACCACUUCCGUUGCUUGCUAACCAAGAAAGAAGCCGAAAUAAGUUAUUUAUACGCUUUCGGAGUAUAUUAGCUACUCUGUUUUCGACACACUUCUGUGUCUAAACUUGUUAACCUAUUUAAUAUUACGUUUUUUGUAUUAGUCAGCUAUAGUAGCUGGCUGGUUUAGUUAACACUAGCCUAGUCGCUAAUGAUAGCUAGCUAACAUCCCCGACCAUGAGUUCACUCAACUACUCUCCUCCUGUUAAAGAAGAGGGGGUCUGCUGGACGGAGAAAGAGGGUCUGUGGCUGAACAUUGUUGUGAAAGAGGAGAAGGGAGAGGAGGAUGUCACGGUUAAACAAGAAGUAAAGGGUGAGGCUGUUACAGUGAAAGAAGAGGAAGACACGUUCAGAGUGAAAGAGGAGGAAGAUGUUACAGUAAAAGAAGAGGAGGAUGAGAAAGAGGAGGAUGCAGUUUUUGGAGUGAAGAAGGAGGGGGAGAUGACUGUCACGUUGAAGGAGGAAGAGGAGGAGGUUGGAGAUCUGUUUAACACCAGAGAGAUAUUUAACUAUCAUGGAGCCUCUGGGGAGCCUCAACAACCUUGUGAUGCUGAAGAGGCAGAGAAGAGUCUCUCCGGAUCAGAACAACUCAAUAAACACCUACAGAGAUCCACAGGGAAUAGAACUCACUGCUGCUCUGACUGUGGGAAGAGAUUCACCUCAUCAGGCAUUAAAAUUCAUCAGAGAACACACACAGGAGAGAAAUCUUACAGCUGUGGUCAAUGUGGGAAGAGUUUUGGUCGAUCUUGCCAUCUGACUCAACACCAGAGAACACACACGGGAGAGAAACCUUACAGCUGUGGUCAAUGUGGGAAGAGUUUUGGUCGAUCUUGCCAUCUGACUCAACACCAGAGAACACACACAGGAGAGAAACCUUACAGCUGUGGUCAAUGUGGGAAGAGUUUUACAACAUCUCGCUCUCUGACUCUACACCAGAGAACACACACAGGAGAGAAACCUUAUAGCUGUGGUCAAUGUGGGAAGAGUUUUGGUCGAUCUGGAGAGCUGACAGUGCACCAGAGAACACACACAGGAGAGAAACCUUAUAGCUGUGGUCAAUGUGGGAAGAGUUUUGGUCGAUCUGGAGAGCUGACAGUGCACCAGAGAACACACACAGGAGAGAAAUCUUAUAGCUGUGGUCAAUGUGGGAAGAGUUUUGGUCAAUCUGGCCAUCUGACUCUACACCAGAGAACACACACAGGAGAGAAACCUUACAGCUGUGGCCAAUGUGGGAAGAGUUUUGGUCAAUCUUGCCAUCUGACUCUACACAAGAGAACACACACAGGAGAGAAACCAUAUAGCUGUGGUCAAUGUGGGAAGAGUUUUGGUCGAUCUGGCCAGCUGAUGUCACACCAGAGAACACACACAGGAGAGAAACCUUAUAGCUGUGAUCAGUGUGACAAGAGAUACUCUGAUAAAAGAUCUCUGAUCAAACAUCAGACAAUGCAUACAUGAAGGAGUUAUUUCAUGAUAUUAAUGUCACAAUGUAUAAUGUUUUAAUGUUGUAUUUUAAGGAAUUUCACAAGGUAGAACCCUAAAAGUUUGCCCCAUUCAAUUGAUUUCAGCGUGAUAUGGAUAUUAGCCUUGGGAAAAAUCCAGGCUCUGAAUUGAAAGAGUACUAUUUAUGUGAUUUAACAAAAAGUGACUAACACAAAAAUAGUUGUGUUACCAUGUGAUGACCCACUUGAAUCAAAAUGCAACACUUCAAAAUGUAGCUUGCUGUUUUCUACAAGUUGUCCUCUAAACAGUGAUGUACACAUUA